GGGAGCGGGGCUGCAGGACGGGCUGAGGAGAGGGAGGUGCGGCCCGCCUCGGUGACGGCCCUUCGCUAGGCCGCGGGGCUGUGCCUCACAGCCUGAGGGCAGCGGGCGCCUCUUUUCCCCCUCCGGUUUCUGGUAUGGAAGCAACGUUUCCACACCGAGCCGGGCAGAUGUGUGACUUACGGCUGAAAUGACCUUAUUGUUAAGCCUAGAGCAGCUGAAGCUUUAUUAAUCAUCCCUGCAGCUCGGAUAUAGUGGUGCUUGUGGGCCAGGUCGCUACAGCAGAACCCAAGAGUGUGUUGGUAAAGCGGUGAGGGUGCUUAAGUCAUUACUGGCUCUGACAGUGAACAAAGGGAAGCGAUAUGUUGAUAUCACAGGUGGCUUCCCACUUACUGAGGGCUUCACGAACUGCAGGCCACCGUUUGCCAAGGUCAGUGUCUUCCUUUCUUUGCUAUCAUUCUCCACCUGCACGCUAUUGCACGCAGCCAUCUAACAAGAGUGGAGCCCAACCUCAGCAGUCGCAUGACCCUGAACUGGAAGAGAUUCUGAUCCCCAGAAAACUUUCCAUCAGCCCUUUAGAGAGCUGGCUGACAGUUAGAUACUUCCUUCCGAAAGCAGAAGGCCUUAAUUCUCAGGAAGAAGCUGGCCAGGAACCCCUCCAGCGAUAUGACUGUCCCCCAUCUGAUGAGGGAGGUGAUGUGGAGGAAGGAGAAGGAACACCUAACAACAAGGUUCAAUGUAAGAACGUUUUGAAGAUUCGCAGGAGGAAAAUGAAUCGGCACAAGUUCAAAAAGCUGCUAAAGAGAAGGAAGUUCAUACGGAGGAGGAUAAAGGAAGGUCGCAAGAAGAAACGUCAGGUAAAGUUUGAGAAAGAUUUGGAGCGCAUCUGGAAACGAGCUGGCUUGAAAAACCCUCCUGCAGGAUGGCAAACACCCAAGAUAUUCCUGAAAAGCUCAAAGCAAUAAACACAUUUGUAAUGAGUGUUCACCUGUAAUUGUAAUUAAAAAAGGAAUAUUUAAGUACAUGGAUUACAUUUAACUUUUUUCUGAGUGUGAUGAAAUUAAUAGGAGGAAACUUUCCAUCUCAGUGAGCAGUUUUCCAAGGACAAACCUGACAGCAGUAUGAUUUUCCUCCCCAAGGGAAUGGUGUGAGCUCUUGUAUAGUGACUGGGCACUGCUGUACAGUCCUGUGCUGCUGCUGCUGCCCCAACUGAGUCUGAGCAAAGGGGUCUGUGACUGCAGCUGGAUUUCUGAAGUUCCUAUUUACAGUUAGCCUGAAGGAUGUACUCCAACAACAAGCAGUUGUGGCAGAUGGGAUAAAGUGAAUUCUUCUGAUUAUCCAUGACACAAGCAUUCUACCAAGUUCUUUUCCAAAUCUCCUUCUUUCAUAGGCUUACUGUAGAAGGCUGGUCUUUAAGAGUUGUGGUGAAAUAGGAAUUGGAUCAGAAUAUAUCUGCAAAAGCUUUAAUUCCCCCUUACCUGGAGCCUUGGUGUGCAUGUGCCUUGGGUAUUGCAUGAGCAUCCUUAAAGGGCACAUUUGUUUGUUCUGUUUUGUGCUAAUAAAAAUAUGGGUUUUGUUUUUUUUUCUACAAUUGAUUCUUGUCAUACAGAACAUCCAACAUUACCAAUACCAUGUUGGUAAAAGUUCAGAAGCUAAUUAUUCAUUAACUACAAGACCUGUUUUGUGCCUGAGACAACCUCAUUGUAAUCAGGUUUUACUGAAGAGAGUCAUGAAAGCUGUGAAAGAUACAGAUGUUUUAAAUAAACCCUGGCAAAGGACUUGAUAAUGUA